UUCUCGCCGUUGCCAUGGGAGACGCGGCAGCGCUCUUGCUCUGGUGUGGCUCACAAACAGCUGAAGUCAGAAACUCUCCGUUACAAUCACUGGAAAUCAGGAUGAGUUUACUAUUCAGAUGGGUGAUUUUAUAAUUCACACGGAAUUAAGGGAGAAGAAGUCUGCGUUUCGACUUGUGCGGGUUUAAAGGCUGUAUGGAGUUCUGAAUCAGACAGAGAUUAGAGAUGCCCAGAGCGUCUCAUCUCCUCCUGCACUCAGUGAAAUUAACCCGUAAUCCCCUCAGUGACCUGCUGCUCUUCCUGUGUAACACCUUGGAUAACACGCGCUGAAGGACUCUGACUCACGGCCCAGUCCACACACGAGGCCAGUGUGACAGCAGUCCAGCUCUGCUUAUUCCACUGGUGAGUAGGAGGAACAUCUCAACACACUCUGAUGAGGAUUUCAGCUCUUCAGGAACAUUAAUGUUCACCUGAGCAUUUGAAUGUUUACUCAUCAGUCUAUCCAGCAUGGCUGACGCCAGGAUUAAACGGUCCGUGGAACAACUCCAGGAAUUAUCGUCGCUGUGCUUUGGUUUUUCAUGAAGUACCAGGAAGUGAGAUGGAAUUUCCUCCACAUAAUCACGGCGAGAUGAUCUCCAUGUCAGACGUCUGCUGAAGAGUUUCAUAUGGCGGAGGGCUGUGGUGGUGUCGUUGUGUAGUAUAUUCCGGAUCACUGCAGACAUGCUCCAGACAAAUAACUACUCGCUGGUGCUGCUGAUCCAGCUGGCACUGCUGGCCUUUGACCUGUUCGUCAAUUCCUUUAGCGAACUGCUGCGGUCUGCUCCGGUCAUACAGCUCGUGCUCUUCAUAAUUCAGGACAUCGGCAUCCUGUUUAACGUGAUCAUCAUUCUUCUCAUGAUGUUCAACACAUACGUGUUCCAGGUGGGGCUGGUGUCACUGUUAUUGGAGCGAUUCCGAGCGCUGCUGAUACUGUCUGCACUCUACCUCACCCUCAGCAUCUGCUUUCACUGCUGGGUCAUGAACCUGAGGUGGAUGGAGUCCAAUCGUUUCGUGUGGACGGACGGUCUGCAGGUUCUCUUUGUGUUCCAGAGAUUAGCUGCUGUGUUGUAUUACUACUUCUACAAACGUACAACUGAGUACCUGGGAGACCCCAGACUUUACGAAGAUUCCCCGUGGCUCCGUGACGCAUUCGCUAGAGCCCGACAGUGAAACGAAGCACCUGGAAACCAACCCUUAAUGGUGCAAGAGGGACAUUAACAUUGUGGAAUACAACACGCGACCAAAGCAUUUCAAGAAACAAAACAGAUGGACUCUUUCAGAGCCCUGCCACCUUAAAACAAACUUCUGAAUUGUAGGAAAGAGCCAAGAUGGCUUCCAUGGAGCACACUGGCUGAUGGAGAAAUUGUAUUUUUGUGUUUUUAAUGACUGAGGAGCGCAACGUGAAAUAAAGCAUCUUGAAACUUCACAUCUGAACGUCUCUAAACACACCUUAUAGUACAAACAGUCUUACUGCCAGCACUGGGUCUAAAGCUACAAUUGUCAUAAAUUGCUUCUCACCUGUUGGUUGCGUAGACAUCUUGUUGUGUAGGAUGUAGUACAUACUAAAAUGUCUUUUUAUAUGGUUUUGGAUCACUGCUUGAGCAGCGUUUGAUCGUACAGUGGAGAGAUUUUAUUCACUUCAGUUUGCCUUUGAAACAACGAGAAUUUGGUCUGAGGAAUCAUCAUAUUUUUUGUAUAUUGUGCCCAUUUUGUAAACAUUUUGUUUGUAUUAUUUUAAUAAACAUCCUCCAUAAUGUCACACGUUCGCUAUAUUUUCAAUAAAUUGUCCACGGAGCAUCAACAAAGUGCCUCACUGUUCACCCAACACUAGCAGAGCGUCAGUGCACUUGUUAUGCCGUAUAUUGUGAUUGUUUUUUUUCCUGUCACUACUGAUGUUGUAUUAAUAAACA